CUGCCGGCGCGCUUAUUGUGCUGCAUCCAUUAUCACAAAGCCGGUCGAGCACGUGCGCAGCUCUAAAUACUGCUGCGAGGCAGUACGACCGCGAGCCGCGACAGAUAACAGCUCGGAAGCUAAACCAGCUCGGAGAGCAUUUGUGCUCUCUCUGACACAAAUCGAAACAAAUCGAAGAUGUGGCAAGUACGAGCAGCAGGGCUGUUAGGCGGCAGCAGCGUCGCCGCCGGCGCCUACGGCGCGCACGGUCUCAAGGUUUCCGAGGAGUACAAGACGAUCUGGCGGACGGCCGUGCAGUACCACCAGUUCGCCGCCGUUUCUUUACUCGCCGCGGCCGCCGUGCCGUCGGCGAGGGCGCGCCUGGUCUCGGGAGUCGGCAUAUUGGCCGGGGCCGCCGCCUUCUCCGGCAGCAACUACGCCGUCGCAUUCUACGAGGACCGGUCCCUCGCGAAGCUCGGGCCCUACGGAGGGAUGAGCCUGAUCGGCGGCUGGCUGGCGCUCACCGUCCUGUAGUGAUAUAAGAAACAUGUAAUUA